AAAACUUCCCCCAUGCUCUAAAAAUUUAGGGCUUUGGUGACGGCGGGAUCUCUCCUUCGGGUCCCUCUCCGAUUGUCGAGCCAUCUUCCCUUCUCUUCCCUAUUGUUUCCCGACAUCUCCCUUUCCUUUCACAUAUACCGGAUUCCCCUUCCUCAGGUUUUCUCUUUUACUCUGUUUGCAGUGCUUUAGAACAGGGGCACGAGAGCAACAUGGAUCCAAAAGGCUGCAGAUCAGGUCCUGGGUGACGAUUUACUCUCCUUUCUGCUGGUGGUUGUGGGUGUCAAUACGAAUGGCAGAUGAAGAAAUUGGGUGUAUGCUUAAUCGGGUCCGUCUUUCAGAAGAUGAGAACGGUAUCCUUCCCUUGCACUCGAUCUGGAAACUCGAUGAACCCAAGGUCGAAAAACUGAGAUUAAUGGGGAAGAUCCUAUCCCGCAAAAAGAUCAAUAUGAAUGGGCUGCAUGAUGCGUUGAUGGUUUCUUGGAACCCUAGGAAGCCUUUUACAAUUUCUGAGAUUGGCGAAAAAAUUUAUCUGUUUCAAUUUACUGAGAUUGGGAUCUCAACAAGGCUCUACAUAGAGGACGUUGGAACUUCAGCAAUUCACUACCUAUUGGGCCACCUAGACAAUAGCUGUGAAAUAGCCAACAGUAUCAAAGAUGGGGAAGUAAAAUUGUUCUCAUGGUUGAAGGCUGAAUUGGAACACUCAUGGUGCCCAGAUGAUCUUGAUCUUUUGGAUGAAACCUUUAUUGCAACUACAGAGUCUCUAGCCGGCGAUAAGAUUGCAGGAAACCAGGAGCAUUAUGAGACUAUAGCUAAUGUUGCAAGCCAGCCCCUUCCUACUACUGUAAGAGAAAUGGCCUCGGCAGGGAAUAUGGAACAUGUUGAUGGUUUGCCAGGUUUGAUGAGUGACCGAUUAGUGGAGAUCCCCUUAGCCCUUGGUUUUGAUGGUAUUGAACAGUUACCAAGGCACGAAAUGGAGCAAAAGGAGGUAGGGGCAAAUGGAAACGAAUAGAGUGUGAGGUGGGGUCCUCGGUGCAUAUGGAAAAACUUACUCAAGGAAAAAGAAAGGGUAAUACAGCAAGUUUGGCGGAACAAAGGGCUAAUAAGGUCCUGUUAAAUAA